AUGGCUGCCGACUCAGCAGCUUCUCGGGUUCGUGAGAACCAACGCCGCUCUCGUGCGCGACGAAAGGAAUACAUCCAGGAUCUUGAAACUCGUCUCCAGAGAUACGAACGCCACGGAGUCGACGUCACUAUCGAAGUGCAGGCUGCCGCCAGAAAGGUAGCAAGACAAAACGCUAUGCUAAGGUCACUUCUGAAUUCCUUUGGCUUGUCUGAUUCCAAGAUCGACGAGUACCUCUUCCACGCCGAGGGGAGCACCGCCAUCCCCGUCCCAGAAAAGCGACCGGUCGUGGUGCCACAUACGCCCACCACACACGCAGUCACAGCUCCUCCUGUUCCGAUAUGUCGCCCAGGCGGCUGUUCAGCGAGCCAGAAACCUCCAGAGGUCCCCUCACCGGAUGUCGAUAGAGCUCAUAACCCCGUACAGCAAGCUUGCUCCGGUGACGUGGCUGACACUGCCAGUCCCCAAGUCGAUGGCCCUGGUGAAUUGCCAGAUCCUAUAUCCCCAGGCGGUUCAGCUGAACCCUGGGUCGACAAUAUGACCCCAUGCGAAGAAGCUGCUAGAAUAAUUGCCAGUAUGCGGGGAAACUGCGACGAGGAAGUUGUGCGGGCUGAGUUGGGCUGCUCCUCAAACAUGAGCUGCAUGGUAGGGAACAUGAGCAUCUUCCAGGCGCUUGAUAGGUGA